UGGAUCGCCGCGUCCUCGGUCGCGAUGUUUCACCAGGGGUCGGAUAAGCUCGCGGAAGAGGACGCUCGACGUCACGGUGGCUUUCCCGAGCACACCAGUCUCACCUGCGGAAAUUCGCGGGUCGCGCUCGCCAGGCUUGCUCCCGACCACCACACACCAUGAAGCCCAUCCGCUUCCAGCACAUCCUAUCCCAGCCGAAAACUCGCCCACUCUUUAGAUCCAUCCUCCUCGUCGCCAGCGUCUAUGUCGUCGUCUCGCUCACCAUGUGGUCCCAGGGCGGGAGCCAUCUGAAGACGAGCGUCGUGCCCGCGAAGCUGCGCGAGGCGUCCAUGUCUACUCUCCAGAUUAUCUCCCAGAUCGCGCGUCGGCCAGCGUCCACCGGGGCUCCUAGGCGGCAGAGACAGAAGCAGAAGCCACGCCUCGCGGACGCUCGCGGCGGCCUAGCGGCCACUGGUCAGCACAAGUAUCACCAAAACGGUCUUCUGGAGGUCAACGCCAAAGGCCCGCACCCCAUCUACGAACUCAUGGACCGCGCCGAAGCUCAGUGGAAGAAGAAGGUCUCCAAAGCAAGUCGGACGCUGGAGCAGGCUGUGCGCGAGUACCGCAGACGCUACAAGCGCAACCCGCCGAAGGACUUCGACGUUUGGUGGAAGUUUGUGCAACAGCACAAUGUACAGCUUCCGGACGAGUACGACCAGAUUUACCAUGACUUCGAGCACCUGUGGGGCAUCUAUCCUCCCGAUCUCAUCGCCCUGCAAGAAGAGCAGCAGAACGCCACCCAGCAGGAUUGGUAUGCCAUUGGGCGAGAUGAAGAAGGACACGUCGGCGUCGUCCGUACAUCAUUCUCCGACGACCACCAACAUCUCAUCUCCGGCUCCUUCACCAUCCUCAAGCUUCUCAGCGAGGUCGAGGAAUGGCUACCAGAGAACUUCACCAUCAUGGUCUCCCCUCACGACGGUCCCUCUCGCCUUACCGACUACCUCUACAAGCAGAAGCUCCUGGAUGCUGCAUGGCGAAAGACCUAUCUCAAGAAGAAAGACUUUCCGAAGAUGAGACCUGGUAUCGGCUGGACAGCAGCUUGCCACCCGUCUUCCUUCGGCGGACGCUACGCCAUCAUACCCAAGGACGACCCGCCGGCACGCGAGGGCAAGUCUUUCAUCUACGACCACGUCAAGAGUAUGGACCCCUGUCAACACACGCAUCUCUUCCAUGAGCACGGGCAGUUCAUCUCGCACUUCACUGGACCGAACCCGCGCGACGCCAUGAUCGUCCAGUACACCUACGCGUCCACGACCAUCCACCACGACGUUCGCAUGCCUGCGCCGUACGGCUGGGUCGAGGACAUCGAGGGCGAGCCCGAGUGGGAGGAGAAGACGGACAACCGGCUCCUGUGGCGCGGGUCGACGACGGGCAUGUACAACCACCCGAAGGUCCGCUGGGACAAGUCGCACCGCCUGCGGAUGGUCGCGCUCACGAACAACAUGUCCACGACGCUGCCGAUCCUCAACCCGGCGCCGAAGCGUGAUCAGCGCGUCGGCCCGCCGCAGCUGCACGACUCGGGCGCGGUGAACUGGGAGAUGAUGGACGUCGCCUUUGCUGGCAAUGCGCAUGCGUGCAGCCCGGAGAUCUGUGAUAUCAUCGAGGACACGUAUGAGUUUGCCGACUACCAGAGUAUCCAGGAGGCGGCGAAUUACAAGUAUAUCAUGGAUAUCGAUGGCAAUGCGUGGAGCGGUCGCUUCAAGCGCUUGUUGACCUCGAACUCGGUCAUCUUCAAGGCGACUAUCUAUCCUGAGUGGUUCACCGAUCGCAUCCAGCCCUGGCUGCACUACGUCCCCGUUCAGCUUGACUUCACCGACCUCUACGACGCGCUCGCAUUCUUCCGCGGGGACGAGAACGGCGAGGGCGGGCAUGACGAUCUGGCGAGGAAGAUUGCGGUUGAGGGCCGGAAGUGGAGCAAGAAGUAUUGGAGGCGAGAGGAUUUGCAGGCGUAUUUUAUCCGUUCGUUGCUCGAGUACAACCGCCUCAUGUCGGUCGACCGGGAUGCGAUGUCUUAUCAUGGGCCGGGGACGGAGUAGAGGGUUGAGUGGAUGAUAUCUGUGCGGCUGGCCACGCCUUCCGCGAGAGCCGCCCUUUCUUGGAAUUAUUUUGGAGUUUUCUCAGACAUCUGAAGCGGACGAGGAUAUAUCAAUAGUGGAUGUGUAGCUUAGUAGGUUACAGACUAUUAUUGAGACGCUCCUUUGAAUUUCUGUUCGUGUAUCCAUGCGGGAGACAUGGGUGCAUGUGGGAGGGGAAUGGCUAGGUACUGAGGCGACAGUUGAAGUAGCUCGGAAUCG